CUUCACUUGCCAGACGUGCUUCACACAGCCAAUAUAGUAUUUUCCUUACAUUCAACUAUCAGAAUAAUCAAACAUGGAAACAUCCGCAGUGGAAGCCAUAUCCGAUGCUUACAUCAAAUACCAGUCUUUCAACUCGCUGUGGAUUAUUAUGAUGCUGUACGGAUCGGUCGCAGGCAAUUUUGACAAGUUUGGAGCUGGCAAGGGGUUCUGGGCAGUUGUUACCGGAUCACUCGGAUCUUUAGAAAAGCGCGGUGUCAUGGCCAGGAGCUACGCUGUGGAUUUUUCAAGAUGUACUGAGAAGCAGUGGGCAGAUAUCGGCGAGCUGGUGAACUCCGAACAAAGUGAACAUUCUAAGAUCAAUAUCUCGACCAUGAUGAAUAUGACUCGGCUAAUUGUGCCGCAGCUGCGCGAGCGUAAGACGGGCCUGAUCCUCAACAUGGGUUCGUUUGCAGCCCUCCGCUCCUUGCCAUUCCUCUCCGUCUAUGCUGGAACCAAGGGCUUUGUCAAGACCAUGCUGGAGCCAGACGGCAUCACAGUAUCGCAUGUAUUCAGCUUCUGGGUGACCUCAAAGAUGUCUGGGUUCCGCAACCCAACGCUGUCCGUGCCGACCCCUGAGACAUACGUCCAGUGCACAUUCGAUCGUCUCGGACUGAGAUGCGGUGCCACUGACUCGUUUACAACCAUCCCGUACUGGCCGCACAGCAUUCUAAACUUCAUCGUCAGCUGUCUGUGGGACCCACGCCAUGCCCCACCGGUUCAGUACAAUAUUGGCAACAAUCUGUACCAGCUCGGCCUGCUGAGACAAGAGAGGCGGAGGAUCCGGCACGCUGAACGCAAGAAGGCGCUCGAGGAGCAGCAGGCAAAGGCCGCUCAGGGGACGGCUGUUGCUCAAGCAGCUUAGCGGCUUUUUUAGUGUUUCACGUUUUCGUCUAAAUUACCAACCAUUUUGAGAUGCAA